AAAUUUAUUAGAUAAAUAGUUUAGAAUUAAGUUGCAUUUACUAUUCUGUGCAACUCUUGCUAGAUUCACAUUGACAGUAUUGGUACCACAAACUGAAGAAUUCACAGUGUUUGAAUAGAGGCACUAACUAUUUGCUGUAUUUGUGUUAUAUACAUGUCAUUUGAAGUAGACGUCUGUUCAAAAACACACACAACGUUCCAAUUCUAACAGUUUUCAUGGGCGAAAUCUCAUUUAAAGACUAUAAUUGUGCUUCAUAAAAUAUAACUCCCAGUUGAUUCUAGUUUGCUUUAAAUAUACGUGAUUUAACUUGAAAAGCUUAAGAAGUGAUUAAAUUACACAAGCUUAACAAAUACCUAUUGCGAUAUCGUCAUUCCAAUAUGGAAGUAGAAUCAUGACUUGUUGAUCUCCAAACAAUUGUCAAAUUUAUAAAAGUCACAAUUUUUUUUGUGCUAGUCAGGUGAAAAUUUGAAUUAGCUACAUAAUAACUGAAGACCUUUGAACUAGUGUAGCUUUUUUUUGGUCACUAUGCAUAAGAAGUCUUUGAGAUGUGUCGCUGUGUUAGUAACAAUAAUUGUCUUUCUUUUGUUUUAUAUGAGUGUUGAUCCAAUUGUGGUAAGGAAGAAAGGCCGACCAUUUUUCGGAAUCAGUCACUACAAAGGAACAGUGAAGCUUUUACCAUACAAUGCCAGUGAGAAGUCAACCGAUUUGGAUGCUCAGGGCCUUCCAAGGCAGUACGACUGUCGGAUACUAGUUCUUGUCUAUAACAGAGCCCAGUCUCUGCUUAGACUGCUCGAGUCCUUAAACAAGGCGGAGUACUUCGGUGAUAAUGUUAAACUGGAGGUUUGGAUAGACAGGUCCGAUUCUGGUUAUAUAGACGAAGCAACAUACGAGAUCGCAGUAGGUUUCCGUUUCCUUCAUGGAAAGUACCAAGUGAUGUGCCAUGAGAAUCAUGUAGGCAUCUACGGACAGUGGUUGUCCACGUGGCAACCCAGUGUCAACAGCUCUGAAAUCGCAGUUUUCCUCGAAGAUGACCUAACAGUCUCGCCAUUCUUCUAUAGAUAUUUAAAGCUUGUGCACAAAAAGUAUGACAAACACCCAGAAGUAAAUGGCUAUGCUUUGCAAGGGGUAUCAAUCUUGCAUGGUUACACGAAAACCCCAGAAAUGUUAAAAGGUCCUGAAGAUAGGAAAGUAUUCUUAUACCCAGUGUUGGGUACUUGGGGAUUUUCUCCUAAGAAGGCCAGCUGGAUGCGGUUCCUUGAGUGGUUUUCUGCGAUAAACAUGGACAUGAAUUUCCAGCCAUAUGUCCCCCAGAAUGUGGCUACAGACUGGUACAGGUCUUUCCAACGGGAAGGCCUCGCUGGGGGCAUGUGGUCCAUUUGGCAUAUCUACUUCGCCUGGAAAAACAAUGAGUAUACCCUGUACUCCAAUUUUGAAGGUCACCUGGGGCUGACUGCAAACUGGAAGGAAGCAGGCCUCCACUACAAGACAAAAGGUGGUCAGCCGUCCAACUCGCUUUUAACUGAAUGGAGACCUGAGUAUGACAGCCAGCCAACAUUUCCAAAACAUUUCAAUAUCUUGGGACAACAGAAAGAUUAGUUUGUAAGUCUGGGUUUAACUCAAGGGAUGUUUUUUUUGCGGGUGUAGACCUUGAUAAGCAAAUAAAGAUUUAUGUUUUCUUAAAAAAAUUAGAGGUGUCCUUGAGUAUUUUAAGAACUUAUUGUGAAAACAUCAUGUUUAAUAUGAACCUCACAGUUAUUGUGAAAACAUCAUGUUUAAUAUGAACCUCACAGUUAUUGUGAAAACAUCAAGUUUAAUAUAAACCUCACAGUUAUUGUGAAAACAUCAUGUUUAAUAUGAACCUCACAGUUAUUGUGAAAACAUCAUGUUUAAUAUGAACCUCACAGUUAUUGUGAAAACAUCAUGUUUAAUAUGAACCUCACAGUUAUUGUGAAAACAUCAUGUUUAAUAUGAACCUCACAGUUAUUGUGAAAACAUCAUGUUUAAUAUGAACCUCACAGUUAUUUUUUUUUUUAUUAUUUUCAACCGUACAAAAGGUUGUUGAAUUUCAGGAGCAAGUCCAACGCUUUCCUGUAAACCCUACCGAACCUUGUAGGUACCGGUGGUUUUUUUAUGUUGUGAAAUUAGUACUAGCAUUGAUUAUUGCUUUGAAGAUCGCUUGUUGUGAUCUCGCGAAGAGUUGUACUUUUUCAAAGAGAACUACAAUGUAAAUAUUGCUGAACUUAUUUAUUGUAAAUCAAUCAUUAAAACAGUA